AAUUGGACUAACGCCUCUGUUGAUAUCGAGAAACUCUUUUAAUGUAAUGUAUAAAAAAAAAAUAAAAAAAAAUAUGGAAAACGGUCAUUUAAAUUGAGAGUGUAAUCAAGGCAGAUUGGCCAGCAGCGUCGUGUCGCGUCACACCUAUUUUUUAGUCGGCGAGAGCAGCAGUAGUGCACCGCGUAGCGUUUGGAUCCGAUUCCAUAGGAUUAGGCAGCAGGAGCCAGUUGCAAGUGGCAAGUAGCAAGUAGUAGCAGGCGCAGGAGCAGCUAGUGCCCAUCAUCAGUCAUCGGUUGUCAUCGGGAGUCAUCAUCCGGCGACCGCAGAGGCGACUCGAGUUCCAAUAUACUGGAGAACCAGAGCAACUGAACACCUGAACAUCUAAACAUCCCCGGAAUCAGCAGGCGGAGCACAAGAAAACGGGGCAGCAACAAUAACAAUCGCGACUCAACUACGCACCGAUUGACGCCCGACCAACCGACCAACCGACCGACCGCCCCCGUCCUUGCCACCUACUCCUACCCCCCUUCCUCUCCUCGAGCACCCGCACUUUUGGCACAAACACCAAAACACACUCACACACACACACGCACACACACACACUUAUCAAGCGAGCGACAAAAAAGCGACCGCAUUUAUCAUCCGUACAUCGCAAAUCGCACAUCGCAUUGUUUGCUAUUGUUGUCUGCUCCGUUUUUCGCACGCGAAGGAGCAGACAAAGAGGACGCGCCGAGGAGGCGGAGAAGUGCAGAAGGCGCUGCUGGAGCAGGAGCAGGAGCUGGUGCAGGCGCAGGUGGACAAAGGUUCGUCGCCCAGUUAAUUCCACCAGCAUCUAUGGGUCAAAAGGCGAGCACCCCGGCGACCAGUGGCCAACAGAGCCCACGCUCCAGGACAUUCUCGAGCAGUUCGACAGGAGCCGCCGAUUCUGCGCUGCAGCAGCAGCAGCACCAGCACUCGAAUCCCGGCCAGAAUCGUGGCGGUAACGGCGGCGGCGGUGGCGGCAAUGAUUCCGCCGGUCAGGGUUUCAAUCUGCUGCGCACUUUGCCCGGCCUGCAGGUGUACCACAACCAGAACUCCACGUCCAUCGAUCGCCAGCGGGCGCGGAGUCUCAGCUCCGUGCCGGAUAUUCAGCAGCAGGCGCAGCAGCAGCAGCAACAGGGAUCUAUCACCUCGUCCGGCAGCAGUCCGCAUUCGCAUCCGCAUGCGGCGCACGGCCACCCGGCCGUCGGUGUCUCCGUAUCCGUGUCCGGGAAUGCGAAUGCCAAUAGCAACAGCAGCUUCGCAGCCGCCGGGAACAACAAUGGAUCCGCCAUGCAGUCCUACAUGCAGCAGAGACGCACCCUCGGCGAUUCCAUAAGGGACAUGUCAAUGACCGGCGGCAGCAUCGCCGAGAGCAUCGCCCUGGCCGCUUCCGCCACGUCCGCCAAUGGGAUCGGUCGUGUCUACACGGCCACCUCGCUUCCAUCGCACAUUUGGUCCUUCAAUGGUAUCAAGUGCCCCGUGUGCAAUAAGUUUGUUUUGCCAGACGACAUCGAAUGCCAUUUAGUCAUGUGCCUAACGAAACCACGACUCUCAUAUAACGAGGACGUUCUCUCGGACGCCAAGGGCGAGUGCGUCAUCUGCCUGGAGGACCUGAGUCCGGGGGACACCAUCGCCCGGCUGCCAUGCCUCUGCAUAUAUCACAAAGGAUGCAUCGACCGUUGGUUUGAGGUGAAUCGCUCCUGCCCUGAGCAUCCUGGAGAUUAGUAAUCCUCGCCAGGUCUCGCCGAGUUGUUUGUGUGGAGAUGGAGUUAUGGAGCAGGAAUCGGUUAUGGAUCUGGAACUGGCCAGCUGGGCGCAGUGCGAGGAUGGGUCUGGUCUCUGGGCUGGGACGCGACGCAGAUCCCAGGCCCAGUGACCACACACUUUGCACCCCUUGGAAAGUGCGACCAGCUGGAGCUUGGAAAGAUUGGAGGAUGGUACAUGGGAGAGGCUAUGCCACAAAAUGCUGUUCUUGAGCGUGGGAUCGAGGCAUCGAUCAUUUGACCUACCGACCGAGAGACCGAUCGACCGCUGGGUGAACCCAAAAACACACACAAAUCAAUUGAAACAAAUUAAUUUACAAUGCUAAACUGGCAGUAUAAUAGUAAUAAACGUAAUGCUAAUAACAAGUGAAUUAUAUAAGUAACGAAAUCAACCAACCCACAAAAACUACAAGAAGAAGGAGAAGAUGACGAGAAGGAAGCAACAAGCAGAAGAUUUGGAAGAUGACGAACGAGAUGAGAAUGAGAAGGAGGAUGAGCGUUAAAGUGUAAAGCGAAGCAACCAACCAACCAACAAAAGAAUGUCAACCAAUGUGAUGUUAAAUUUUAUAUUUUGUACUAUGGAUAAUGAUGUAAUUGUAAUUGUAAUGUAUAUGUAUCUAUUUAUUAUUUUAAACAGGACUAAAAUAGGAUAAAAACAAGCGUAAGAAGAGAACACACACACCACACACAAGAAAAUAACAAUAACAAUUACUAUUAAUAACUACGUUAAAUUAGAAGACAAACAAACGAAAACGAAAAGCAAAGCUACCAAAAAAAAACAUAAGAAAAGGAAAAAACAAAAAGAUUAAACUUCAAAUAAGAAUGAAAUGUAAGGAGUUUAGAAAACAAUUGAUCCCAUAUUUUCGGUGUAUUUUAAGAUUUGUUCAACAAUUCGCAAUCGAUUCUCUUUGUGUUUAUCCAUUAGUUAUGGCUAGUUAUUAUUAUAUUUUAAAAAUAUUGUAACUUUUUAUAUCCAUGUUUGUUAUCAACAUUUUGUUUGUGUUUUUGUUUAAACAAAAGAAACAUUUUUUUAAUUAACGCAAAUCGAAUGAGAAAUAUUUGAAAUAUUCGCCACUAUUUGUAAUUUGUCAAUGUGCAGUUCUGGUCAAACGAAAGCUGAGGACAAAUCCGUUUGUAUUUCUUUUUUUGUUUUUUUUGUUCAACUGCUUCAAAUUGGCCAUAUAAAUAUAUAUAUUUAUGUAUACACAUAUAUUCGGUGUCGGCAGACAUUGCUGACUGGUUGUAAACGAUGCAGCGGCUAUGGAAAACUCAAAGCAAUAUAUGUACGUAUGUAGGUUGGAUUGAAUGCAACCGGUGCAUCGUUUACAAUCGGCUUCAAUCUCUUCAGAAGCUGUGCGUUUAUUAUCAUUACCGAUUACGGAUUUCGGAUUACGGACUAGUGUAUAUGUUAAAUUACUAUCCAUUAUGUUUUACUAUCCUUGCUCAUCGAUAUAUCCGGAUCGCAUCGAUGAUCCGCCAAAGUUUCCUUAGCAACCGGCGCUGCAGUUCAGCGACGGCGGCAGAACGUAAUAACUAUUUUGUAAAUGAUAUACUUUAAUGUACUGUACAGAUAUACACCCCAUACACCAUGCGUAUAUAUCAUAUAUAGGAUAUAUAUACAUAUAUGAAUUGUAACUGUAUAACUAUAGCGUUGCAUUGGCCGAUCGAGCAUACAACCGAUUUCACUCCAAGCGUAAAUGUGAAAAUAAAAGCGAUAAUCGUAAACGUAAUCGUAACAUUUGAAUGCAAAUUUCCAUAUUGGUUAUAUUUGAGAAAUCAUUUUUUGUAUACCGAUGGAAAAGUUGGUAACUACGACGAGAGUAAUCGAAGCUGAGAAGGCGAAAGAAAUAAGAAAAAAAAACAAAAAUAUUUGAACUUUUAUAACCAAGCAAACAGAAUAGAGCAAAUAAAACGAUCUAGGAUAACAAUUGUCAAGUAAAAACGGAUGCGCAAUCGAGAAGAACUUUAGAAAAUAAAUCAGUGAUUAUAUACCACAAAA